UUCAGUCAAAUUAUUAGUGUUAUUGGUAAAUUAUGGUGUUAUCUUAUUUUUAAAUUUUCACAGAGUUAGUUAUAACAUGCAGAUAAUAUAUUUGGAUAGGUGGUGCUUGCUAUGAUUUGCACUCUUUUGUGGAAUGUUUAGUCUUGGAAUUGCACUCUUCAUGGGAUAUGGAGUAUGUAGUAUACUAGUACUUUUGUUUUGAUCUAUAAGUAUAUGAACAUUUGCUCUGAAUAUUAUGAGGGGACAGAUCAUUCCACUUCUCUAGAAUUUCUAGAGCUGGUCAACCCAAAUAGCUGCCACUUGAUAGCUGUGGUAGUGUGGGUCCAUGCGGGUGUCGCGUCUCGCGGGUUGUGCGGGUAAGUAGGGGUGGUAAAGGAAUUUAAUUUUUAGCCUAGAUAAUUUAAGGGCCGGAUUUUAAAAGGGUCUGGGCUCAAAUCUUAUACAAUUUUGAGUUAAAAAAUUUAAGAGCCAAAUAGAAUUGUGAAGAGAGCAUUAGGAUCAUGGCCCGUUACCACUAGUUACAAGAGUCAAGUAUUGGCAUAUAGCAAGGUCGCAGUGAGCAUUCCGUAGGCGGGUAAGAAAGUUCAAGAUGAGAAUAGAUUUGGGGAGCUCGUGUUAUAGUAUAGGAAAACUACUGCAACAAUCAUAAUGGUGUAAACGUGUCUUUUUAUCUAAUUUAGAAAAUGUAUUUAGAUGUUACUAAUUUUACCUUUUCAUUCGCUGUCUGUCGCCUAUUGCAUAGGUUGGUUUGGAGUUUGGACAUCUUCUCUCGCCUGUGGGCCAACGUUGCAUGCAGAAAUGGAACGAAUUUACCAUAUUUAGGUGUGCCAUCUCUGCUCAUGGCAUUGUACGUCGUCCCAUGUUUUAGGGUGUGGAACUGUGGAUGUAUGCUGCACGCAUAAUCCAUGCGCCGCAAUCCAAAUUUAGCAGAGCCCAUAGGCGUCGCAGACCAGCUGGUAGAUAUUGCACCAGAAAAAAAAAAGACAUUGCACCGGAAGCGCCGCCUAUUAAAGCCGGCCGACCGGUCUCUCGUACCGCCGGUACGGCUUGGCAGUUGCAUUGCUGCUCUCACGAUCGCCCUUCCGAUCCUUUCGGUUCUCCAAGCCGAGGAGCGAGGGAGCUAGGGUGCCGCGCCAGCGGACGGUGCGCUGCGGCGGGGCGACGCCAUGCAGCCAAGGGCUGAGGAGGGUGCCGCGCCGCCGGCCACAGGUUUCCCGGCGAGCGGCGGCGGCGGCAGCUACGGGGCGGGCGGCGCGACCGCGGUGGCGGCCUUCGUGGCGCCGGCGGCCCCCGGCCCGUGGUCCACCGGGCUCUUCGACUGCUUCGACGACGUCGGCAACUGCUGCGUGACGUGCCUGUUCCCGUGCAUCACGUUCGGGCAGGUGGCGGAGAUCGUGGACCGGGGGUCGACGACGUGCGGCGCGAGCGCGGCGCUGUACACGCUCAUCGCCGCGGUCACGGGGUACGGGUUCCAGAGCGUCUUCUCCUGCUUCUACCGCGCCAAGCUGCGCGCGCAGCUCGGCCUGCGGGAGGACCCCUGCCCCGACUGCCUCGUCCACUUCUUCUGCGAGCUGUGCGCGCUCUGCCAGGAGUACCGCGAGCUCAGCAACCGAGGCUUCGACAUGAACAUAGGAUGGCACGCGAACAUGGAGAGGCAAGGGCACGCCGCCGCCGCCACCAUGCCGCCGCAGAUGCACCCCGGGAUGACCCGCUGAUACUGCCGCUCGACCUCGCCUUUGCUGAUGCGGAUACCAGAUGCUAGACAUGCCCAACCUAGCUGCAUCUAUCCCUCUCCUCAGGGGGGCGGACCUAGAACUUUUUCAGAGCCUGGGCCAAACAUAGCAACGAUAAUAAAUUGAUGUUGUUAUCUUUUGCUACCUUAAAUUGUGGUGAUGAUUUAUAGCUUUGUGUCGGAUACAAAAUUAUCCUGGAUGUGCAGCUCAUAGAUACAACGGCAAAAUUACCAUGCAUAUGCAAUUAAAUCAUG